AUGCGAUACUACAGCAACUAUGGGGGUGGACCGUGCGAUAAAUGACUUAAAGUCAGAAAUCAGGCACAGUCACACAGAAGACAAGUUGACACACAAGCUCUAAAUGAUUUGGUCCACAGUUUUUAUUUUCCAACUCCUGUUCCAGCCCUGUCUCCAAGUCUUGUUUACUGCUGAUGCCGAACGAGUCUCAUACAGUGCCCAAAUGGGAGGAGAAGUGCUAAUGGGCUGCCACUUCUACCCUUUGUCACCGCAUCCCUACGAGGACUUGAUGGUGGCUUGGUACUUGAGCUCCAGGGCUCCGUCCUGCUUGGUGUCCCGCCUAGAAAGCGGGCUGGAGCAAAAUUCUUCCAAGCAUCCGGACUUCAAGGGUCGGGCCAGGCUUCUCACCGAGAAAAUUAAAGAUGGCCGGGCCAUACUGCAGUUGUCCAGGCUUCGCAUCAACGACUCGGGAAACUACCAGUGUGUGGUGCGGACGAGGAACGGGGCUGACUAUAAACACAUUCAACUAUCUGUUACUGCACCUUAUAAAACAGUCACAAAAACGAUUUCCAAGACGGUAACCGGAGGCAAGCUUGUGUUAAACUGCCAGUCCGAGGGCUACCCGAUGUCUACGGUGGCUUGGGAGGAUGGUCACGGGCGAAAUCUCAACGCCAGCACAAGCACCAGCGUCGUGACGACAGAGGAGGGCCUCUACAGAAUCACAUCUGGGAUACAGGUGGCAUCAUCGCAGAAAAACAACUACACCUGCCGCUUUGAUAGUAGUUCCACCUCUGCAACUUUUCUUAUCCCAGAUGAAACCCAGAAACCGAAGGAGAACACAAACACUGCAGUAGUAAUUAGCACAUGUAUCGUAAUAGUAUUUACGAUUGUCCUCGUCAUAGUGCUAAUUCUCUGUUGGCAUAAAGGUCUUUCCAGGAAAAAACAAAAGAUAUCAAGGGAGCAAAGAGAGGAAGAAGACAUUUCUAUUUUUAUUGAGGAUUGCAAGGUGAACCAACAGCUGGAGGUUUUGAAAGAUCCUCAGGCGGGCAACUCCUCUGAUGCCGAAACCAGAUGGAAAUGUGGAGCUGCCCGCAUGCAGGAAUUGCCUCGCCGGUUACUUAUGAGCCUCCGCUUGAUGGUCUCCAAGCUUUACUGCCAGACAUCAGAGGAAGACAAUUCUUUGAGGGCCCCAGAUCUUGCAGGAUGAGGAAGACGGUGUUCUUGUGACAUUCUAGCCCAGAGUUCAAGGUUAAAAAGGCGAUCUUGGUCGCGUUGACUGAUGUAGUUAUUUAUUUAUUUACACAGAGGAACCUCUAAAAGUACAUAAUUGAUAAAACUGUACGGUUUUUUUUUCUUUUCUGUGAAACCUAACAAAUUGUGUGGCUGGCCAUGCAAAAAUAAGGUACAGAAAUUAGUUGCGGUGUACCUCUGGGUUUGAUUCUAGACCCACUGCUUUUGUUUUUGUCAGUUCUUGAACUUCCAUUAGCCCUAAUGUCACAAUAUACACACCUCACAAUAUAUUUUUUUGAAUUGUGAACUUCACUUUUACUAGAAUCCUACCUAGUGUUGAAGGCACCGGACUGUAUUAACUGUUUUUUUAGGUACUUCAAUUCAGCUACAUUCCGUAAGGUAACGAACAGACAGAUGUGAGAAAUAGUCAGUAUUUAAUUGAACUGUUCACACGCACAAUGAGAUCACUGGAAGUUUUUUGUCAGUGCGAAACAGAGUAAAACUGUAGUGUAGUGGGAUAUCUGUUACAUUUUUUGUCUAAACAGAAAUGAUUGAUCUCUAUUUUAGUUUUGGCUAUUUUACCGCAACAUUAAAAAAAAAGUCUUAUUUUACUGACUUUUUUUAAAGACUCCAUUAAAAAAGCAACUCUUAGAAUAAUACCAAGAUUUAAAAUACUCCUGCCUCAAGCUCUUUAACAUCUUUGUGAGGGUAAUAUAGUAGCACUAUUUAAAUAUGGCUCCUGUAUACCAGGGCAUUUUCAUAAUGGUGUAUUUGUAAAAUUUAAUUUCACUCUUAAUGACAUGGGACCUGAAAGUAAUCAUCUGUUUAGUAUUGUAUUCAGACUUGUGUAAGGGCUGGUUCUACAAUCAGCUCGCUAGUAAUGGAUCAUUUUGAUUUCCUGGGAAUGAUGUGAACGUUAUCACUGGAAAAUGAAUGCACUUAUAAAAAUAAAUUGUUUCUAACCUUUUCAAA